AUGUGCAAAGGCAGGAGUGUGACUGUUUCCGGUACUGCUGGCUCGGCCUCAGGUGGCUGUGAAUUUGAGAAGCAAUGGGAAUGCUUGGUAGUCAACUGGUCAGGUCAAGGAUUGCAAAAACUGGGUCCAACCUUACCCUGUGAUGCUGAUACUCACACUCUGAUUCUGGACAAAAACCAGAUAAUUAAAUUGGAACACUUGGAGAAAUGCAGGAAUCUGAUGCAGCUCUCUGUAGCCAACAAUCGUUUGGUGCGAAUGAUGGGUGUAGCAAAACUGACGAAGCUCCGGGUGCUAAACUUGCCUCAUAAUAGUAUUGGGUAUGUGGAAGGACUGAAAGAGUUGGUGCACCUGGAAUGGCUGAACUUGGCAGGGAAUAACCUUAAGGCCAUUGAACAAAUCAAUUCCUGUCUAUCUCUUCAGCAUCUUGAUUUGUCAGACAAUAACAUAGCUCAAUUAGGCGAUCUCUCCAAGCUUACGUCGCUGAAGACUCUGUUGCUACAUGGAAACAUUGUAACUUCACUUCGCACCGCACCUGUUUGCCUACCUCAGAAUCUGACUGUUCUUUCUUUGGCAGAAAAUGAAAUCAGAGACUUAAAUGAGGUUUCUUUCCUGGCCUCUCUCCAUCAACUGGAACAGUUGUCAAUUAUGAACAAUCCUUGUGUGAUGGCCACACCUUCUAUCCCUGGCUUUGACUACAGGCCAUAUAUUGUCAGCUGGUGUCUGAACCUUAAAGUUCUUGAUGGAUAUGUGAUUUCUCAGAAGGAAAGUUUGAAAGCAGAAUGGCUCUACAGUCAAGGUAAAGGAAGAUCAUAUCGACCUGGACAGCACAUUCAGUUAGUUCAGUACUUGGCUACUGUUUGUCCUCUUAUAUCUACAUAUGGUCUCCAGACUGAAGAGGAUGCCAAACUGGAAAAAAUACUGAGUAAGCAAAGGCUCCACCAGAGGCAGUUGAUGCAUCAAAACCAAAAUGAAGGACCACCUACAUCUUCUACUCCCAACAAAACACUGCCAGUUACUUGUGAACACAGCAGUCCAGCACAGCCACCACAGAUAGUUCUUGAAAGUGAACCUAUCAUCCAGAAGAAUUCUUGGGUUGGACCAAGUGCAAAUGAUGAUCAUUCCUAUGCAGUAAAGAACACUUUUCUUCUGGAAAGAAGUUUUUGCAAGGAGCUAUACCUUGAAGAUAUACAGACAGAUGAAGACAAACUAAACAGCAGCCUGUUAACCUCAGAGUCUACUUUCAUGCCAGUUGCUUCAGGAUUGUCUCCAGUGUCUCCUACUUCAGACCUGAAGCUGCAUGGAAUUAGUUUGGGCCUAGAAGAUGAUGAUGAUACAGGGAUCAAAUGUGUGAGAGAUGUUAAUAGAGGAGAAACAGCUAACAAGCAAGAAGCUUCAUGUGCUACAAGAGAGCACUCCAACAGAGCAGUAGGAAGUGUGGAAACUCAAGAGAAUGUCAAAGAGAGUACGCUGUUGCCUUCUCUUGACCCAGUAACAGCUAGCCUGACUGCUAACACUAGCAGCUGUUCAGCAUCCUCUGAAGACCAAGUUCUGCGUAGUCACCCCAGCACCUCCGUCAGUGCUGAAUCAGGAGUUACAAUGCUCUGUCCUGGCCAGAUGGCAGGAGAAAGUUCUGAUGCGUUAGCUGUUGUUGAUCAAGGUGCAGCUGAACUGCAAAGAAAGACUGAAGCAGCUACCAAACUUCAAGCCUGCUGGAAAGGGUUUUACACAAGGAACUAUCAUCCCCGAGCCAAGGAAGUGCGGUAUGAAAUUCGACUAAACAGAAUGCAGGAGCACAUCAUUUGCUUAACUGAUGAAAUAGAAAAACUAAGAAAAGAAAGAGAAGAAGAGAAGAUUCAGAGGCUUGUACAGGAGGAAGCUGUCAGAUUUCUGUGGAACCAGGUUAAAUCUCUUCAAGAAUGGCAGCUUUCAGUGACACAAAACUUAGGUGCCACUUGGCAGCCUGUGAUCCCUCCAGCCAGUACUUUCUGUCCAUCUGAACCACCUAUUCGAUCAUCCACACUUGAGCAAGAAAUGCCACCAGAUGUUAGUUCUGCUUGGUUAGUUCCAGCUGGUGAUGUUCUUCAGGAAAAGUCUUUGUUGCAGUUCCCAGAUUCUGGUUUUCAUUCUUCCAUGGCUGAUCAGACUCAUGGCAGUGACUUGUGUAGCUCUGAAAAGAGUUUAAUGGAAGGAACAGAGAGCUCUCUUUCAGUGGAAACUGUCAAACAAUGUGGCAACUCUGUUUCAGCGUGUUCUUCAGAGGCGGAGGAUGACCAUGGGGAAUGUGGGCAAAGUAAAGAGAGCUCUAGUAACGAGCAGGACAACAGACUAAUACAACAGUAUUUGAAAUCUGUUCAGCAGCUGGAAGAGGCUGACGAAGGGACAAACGGCAAUGAUGAAACAGAGGGUAGCUGGCCACAAGUCACAGUUUUGGCAGAAAGCAAAGAUUCUUCGUCUGACACUGUCUUUGUAGAUCUCCCUCAAGAUACAUCUUCCCCUGCCCGAGGGGAAAUCAGUCAGACACCAGAAAGCUGCAAACUGAAUUCAGGAAUAGUGGAAGGGAAGCAAACAGACUGUGAUUCUUCAUUUCAGAUGCUGCAUCUUGGGAUAGCUGUAUAGUAGGCUCAGUUUCACAAAGGUCUAGGGAUUCCGUUUCACUUUUUGUUCGUUCUUUUUCCCAUUUAUACAAAACUUACUUUUCAUGUGUGCUGUUUCAGAGUUUGACUCAUGUUACCAAUUUAUAUUUUAGUAUCUUACUGAUGUUGCUGAGGACUGACACUAACUAGGCUAACCUGAAAUCAGCAAGGUUCUCAGUGACUGUCAUUAUGCACUUUAUUUUCAAACAUAAAACCAAUAUCCUAAUAACUGGCUUCCAUUAAAUUAAUUAUGAAGGUUGGGGGUAUUGGGGAGGGGGGUGUUUGCUGUGAAUGUGUUAGUAAGUCUUUGAAUUUUUUUCUAGAAAGCUGGACUGAGUUCUUACUUUGCAAAAGAGAAGGAAGGAGUAUGGGAGGAAGCAGAGUCAAUAUAGACAGCGUGUGCAUGUAUGGAUACAGCCUGAUGAGAAAGAUGAAAGCAGUUGCCUUUCAGACUUACUUUGACUUUAACAAGAGUAGUUUGGUCAGUGUUUCAAAGAUGCAUUCCAUGAAACCAGUGUCCAGGUCAGUGACUUUUUAUCAUUCACAUGAAGCUGCUGACUAGGAAUUAGGUCAUUUACAUAUGCACUGAAACAAGGACUUACAGGAGUCAGACCUUAGGGAGCUUCAAACAAACUUUGACCUUGUUUGCCCUGGGGUUGUAUUUCCCUGCUUUCUCAGGUAAGACUCAAAGUGGAACCAGUAGCAGCCUUUACUAAAUAAGAAUUUCAAAAGGGCAUGUAAUUUGGGAACAUGGUUUCCAAGACUGCAUUGCUGGGUUACAGCAGCAGACUUGGUGACACAUGUUUUGCCUCCACAAGGAUGCUAAUUUCGUUUGGGGAUUUGGAUCUGCAUGGCUUUAAAGAAGUUAGUGUGUUUGAAUUGCAACUACUUCUAUCUACAAGUAUAAAUAUUAAAAGCAAAUGUCAUGACUUGAAACUAUUUCUUGACAUCUCUGUUUUGGUUUUUGUUUGGUUUUUUUCUCUGUAUGUCCAGUAUUUGACAUUCUAAUAAGAUGUGGAUAAAAAGCUGUUUCCUGUUGGCAAAUGCACUAAGUUACCUAGGCUUAAACACUGGGCAAGCGAAAGGGUUUGUGUUUUGCCUAGCCAUUGCUAUGCUGGGUUUUUUUAGUGGAAAAAGAUCAGGUAUCUUAGUAUACCACAAAAGUGGCAAAGGAAAUACGUUUUGCCAUGUGACUAGUAAAAUAGAAGUUGAUGUUGUGACUUCUAGGGGUCAGUGAAGUUUGCUAAUACUGCAUUUUGCAAUGUGCACUGGAAGGCCAGUGUUUCAAUAGUUUGCUAAUAUAAACUUCUCAGAUAUAAAGACACAUGCAUAUUAUAGUUCUCUGAAUCCACGCAUUAACUUCUGGUGCUAUGGUGCCCUUAAAAUCAAUUACUGCUGUUUUAAACUGAUUCUUAUGACCAUGUUACCAUGUAAAAUGAUUUAACUUUUGUAAAGGCUUCGGUUGCUUGUCUACUUUAGGUUCUGAGCUGGAAUUGACUGUUAGUCAGGAGUUUGGCAUGAGGCCUUUAUUUAGAACAUAAAUGUUGCAUUGGACUUGCACCAGCCAUCUGCCCAGCGGUGAAGUUCACCUUGAAAGAGUAAAGCUUGCCUCUGUAUAGAGUAGCCAUCGUCUUCCCCCCUCCCCUACCCAAAGAAAAAAAAGUUCUAGGGCACUAACUUCUCAAAAGACUGUCACUGCAGUCAAGCUGACAUUUGCCUGUGCCUUGCAUACAUGAGAAGAUUUGGUGGGGGGAAAACAAAAGACAAACCUGAGGUGGUAGAUUCUUAAUGUGCUAUCUUUCUAACUCCCUCUAGUUACAGCAUGUUUGUAGCAUAGCCACAUUCAUAAUUAGAUCUUAGAGCAUGAGUAUGCUUGGUUAUUGAAAUGUAUCACAACACCUAAUUGUGCAAAUAAGUGUAGGGUACAUGAUUGUACCCUUGUCCUCUGAAGGUUCUCAACUUGCGUUUAAAUCUGCCAUACUUGGAGAUCUCUAUGGUUCAUAAUAUGUAGCUCUUUGACUGUCAAUCUGCUAAAAAAAAACCAAACCAAAUAACUCAUGUAAACCUUUAAAGAGACUUUUUUGGGGGUUUUAAGAGAGAAACUAGUUCUAUCUGUGAAACAGUUGUUGGACUCUGGAGGCAGUGAUUGGGUGUAAUAACAAGUUCUCUUUUGUGGCAGAGUGCUGUAUUAGCAUACGCAAGACCUGGGAGAAACUAGACCACUGGAUAAAAAUGUUUCACUUACUGAAGAUGCUGAGGGACCAUGUGUGUUUUGCUAUUUUGUAUUAUUGUCACUUGUGCUGCAGAACUAGAAAGAGGAGAAACAAUUUUGGAGGUUUUUGGCGGUGUCAGAGAGGGAAAACCUGGUGAAACUUAAUUUUUUGCAGAAGCCCUAGAUGAUUCUUGACAUUUCUUCUAUUAUUAGGGCUUACAAACACAAGAUGACUUACUUUAAUGCCUAGGUCAACAGUUGGCUUUUUCUAACUUGUAACUUGUAUAUCCAAAACUGAUUUUAUGAAGGUACAGCAAAGUGUGUACCAACAUAUAAUCAGCUUUAUCUUACUCUUUUGAGGAACCUGUGAAAUAGGAAAGAUUUCUUUUUUCUGAUGUUCUGAAAACUAUCUUGCAUGUGUAGAAGAUGAGUUGCCUAAAUAUACAGAUAUUGCAAAUGAAGUCCUGGAUUAGUUUUUACAGGGUUAAAUGUAAUUAACUUGUAUAUACAGAAAAUGUUUUCAUCCUGACCAUUAAAAUACAUACAGGGAAAGAAAUAUGGGGGAUAAAGUGGAAAAAUUAGGACUCAGACUGGAUGUAUACUUAAAAAUGGCUUCUUUCAGUUCAUUUUGAGCUCUCAAAGAAUCAUGAUUUAGAAAUACCAGUUUAGUAUAUGGUUUAACAUUUAGUCUUUGUAUCAGUUUUCUUAAUCUAGGUAUGUAAUAUCCUUUUACCUGAGUAGGGAUGCACAGCUCCCUUUGGAGACGAUGGAAAUUUCAUAGAGGAAUCGGAAGGCCUAAUAUAUGAAAAAACAUGUCUGAAAUUUUACUGUAUUAAUACUGUAUGUCUUUCAGCAUUUUGCUUUUGCAAGGCUUCAUAUUCAACACAGUGUACUUUGUAGAAGGAAAGCUUGUCUGUUUUACUUUGUCCUGGGGUGGUACUCCAGUGCUGAUGGGGAGAGAUUACUCAUGGUUAUUUGUUAGGAGGCAAUGUUGUCAGCUCUGCUGUGAGUACAGUUUAAGUGCUUCUCUAAUUUGCUGCAGAAAAUUCAGCUAAAUAUAGCUCAGACUAAUCAUUUAAAUCACCACACAAGUAGUUUUGCCCUAAAUUAGGUGUUUGGCACGUACAAACCUCUUUCAGCUAGUCUAUGGCAGAAAUUGCCUUUUUGCCUGCUUUUCUGGAGGUAGGGACAAGGGGGGAAGGUAGAAAUGCAUUUAUCUGUGUUUUCAGGUUUAAUCUGUGGUGGUAACACCAACUCUUUUAUGAUUGCUAUUUCUGUUCUAUCCCAAUUAUUUUUAUAGUCUACAAAUUUCCAUGUUUCAUGUAAUCAAGAAUGGUUUUUUUUCUACUGUAUGUAAUAUCUGAUAGACACUGUUCUGAGGGUAUUUGGAAAGGUAGAAGAAUGUCAUGAAAGCAGGCCUGUUCACAUUUUGUAUUUCAAAGGGUUUUUUUAAGGUGUUUGGAUUGUAUCGAUUCUUCUCUGUUAGAUAACAUCUUUACAAAAGAAAAACACGAGGCAAUGCCUCUUUAAUGGCAGUAAGUAAGUUUCUGUUUCUGCCUUCUUCCAUAAACUGAGCUUAAUGGUCACAACUCUUCUUUUAGUACCUAAAACUGUCAUUUAAAUGAAUGGGAGAUUUAGCUGCUGAAUGAAUGCAGCAACUCUGAUGGGGUUGGGGUUUGUUUUUUUUUCAGUGACUUCCUGUGUGGUGCUAUUUUGUAAACAAAGUAUGUGUGGCAAGGAUGUAGCUCUGCUUUCACUUCCUUAAAAGAAGCAAGGUCAUGCUUAAGUUGAGUCCUUGUGAACUGGCUGUUGAUAUUGGGAUUUUUUAUCAUAUUUACAUCUCUAGAAGUGUUCUUAUACCACAAAGCAAGAAGGCAUAAAGACUGCAAAUUUUAUUUUGUUGCUUCUAAAACACAAAUAUCUUUCAGCCAAUACUUGAGACUCAAGUCCUUGUUAAACUACAUUGCAGAAGCCUAACAGUUUGUUUAUAGUUAAGUUCUUUAAACAACUAUAGAUUGUAUUUGCAUGCAGCAAUUUAAACAAUGAACUUAGCAGCCAAUCUGUAUAUAAAAAACAAGUUUGUUUUUUUCCUGAAUAAUGUUGUAUGUAAUUGAGCUUGCAAAUUGUUCCUGGGUUUUAUGAAUUUGUAUAUAUUGUCUGAAGAACUACAAUCUUAAUUUCUACUUGUAGCGGGUUGUUUGAUGAACAAAAAUGGAAGAUGCAUUCCUUGAGACUACCUGGGUACUUUUUACUGGACUUGAAGUUACAGUCUGGCUCACACAGACACACUUUUUCCUGAGAGGAUAGAAUUGUAGCAUUUAGUGGAGACUGACUGAAUGACAAUAAAAUGUAAAAACUGGUCAGUUCUCCUGCUUUUAGCUAGUGGAAAAGAGAUUUUUUUUUUUCCUGUUGUAUUAACUUUUUUUUACCUUGAGGACUGUGCCACCCAAAUAAGUAAGCAUCAGGUAUUCACGAAGUCUUUCAAAAAGUUGUCUUUGAUAGUUACAGUAUUAUUCCAGUUUGGCUUUCUAGGACAAGUUACUGAAACACACUUUCUUUCUAUAUGCCUGCUGAAAAGUUGGGACUUUUUGUCUAUUUCUAAAUGCUUUCUUUAUGUCAGUAAUGGAAAAAGCACAGGAUCCUUUACUUGCAAAAGCAUAAAACAGUAUUUAUCAGGAAAGGUGCUUUAUCUCUUGGAAAGUGCCAUGCCAAAUUUUAUUGUAUAAGAGCUCUCAGUCAGAAACUACUUUUCUGGCUUCAUUCCAUUUAUAAGUGUAUGGGCCAAAUUCACUUGUAGCAUAAUUCUACUGAACUAAAUUUUGUUGAGUCUUUCACAGUAGUAGUCUACCUCUAAACAGAAUCUGAAAAAAAUAACAAUUAGGCAUUAAUUUGUCUUUCUACUUCUCACUGUUUUCUGUGAAGAAUGGUGGGUGGUUAAAUUGGUACAGUUUCAUAUAUUUUCUAUAAGUGUUUACAUUUCUGGAUUUAUUGUUUCUUAAAUAUUUUGUUUGUACCUCUGAGUUUUGAACUUUAAAUAAAUGAUUUGUACGUUUAUUGAUAAUGUUAAUUCGUACGUGAUCAUGACUCUUACUGCUAAUAGUCAUUGUCUUACCAUUGGAGGGCUCUUCUGGAGAUAAAAAGUUUAGAAAUACAAAACAGUGAUGACAAGGUAGGCAUCAGCAUUCAUGACUUGGUACAGCUGAGGCAUCUAACGGCCCACUCUUCCAGUGUUGAAGAUAGUAAGCGUGUGGUAGGGUACUUGAAACGCAUACACCAAUUGAUCAGUAGAUGCCACCGAAAUUGGUAUUCGUGACUUGCAGUCUUUUGUUUCUAUCACUGGCUAACCCUUUCAUGUUCUUAAUUCCCUAUGGUGUUUAAAUUAAAAGAUGUGGCAGUAGUCUGUACAGAACUUCCUAGAAAGAGAAUUAAGGCCAUGGGCUUACAGGAGAAAUACAAAGUUGUUCUCUCUCCUACUAUUUGGAUUUGGUCAGAUACCUGCUGUGUGCUUAAAUAAAUGAAGACUAACCAAAUAUCUUUCAGGCUUUAACAGACAAACAGUCCAGGACCUCAGACAUAUAUGCAAGUCAUGUUUACUGCAGGACAGUCAUCCCAAAGGUUUUUAAAAAACAAAAAAAGAAAAACCCCCACAACUUUGUUUUGCUUUACUCUCAUAUCACACGUGGAGGUUUGUGGGCAUUUUUUCAACUCUUUACGUGUUUCCACUUUGUGACACUGAAGAAAUUAGCUGAGGUUUUUAAGUGAGACUCCUCUUGCUCUUCUAUGAAGAUACUUGAAAGACAGAAAUGGGUGUAGCUAAAGUGACUUCAAGUCUUAAAAGAGAAGAGCAGUGGUGUUUUCUCUUGGAGUAGAGUUAAGGCCCUAAAGCUGUACUAUUAAGUUUAAAUGCUGUGUACUGUAGGGAUAGUAACCACAACGCUUCAGGAGCUCAGGUUGAAGGUCCC